GCAGUGUUGUCCAGUAUUUUUACAUUCAUUCUGUUUCCACCUCUUUGAGUGUGAUCUCUGCAGUUUUCAAAUCCCCUAAUUUGAGUGGGUUCCACCCUUGUCUAAGAAAAGUGGUUUAAAAGCUUUGCCCCGCAAGCACCAGAAGAGAACUCAGAAAAAGGAAGACAGCAGCACAUGCAAUCGCGGAUGUGGCUUUAGUCCUUGCUGCUGCCCCAGAGAGCUGUUCCAGCGCGCCGUCCUCAGUAAUGAAUCCAGAAGAGAGAAUCGUGACAUGGCUGAUAUCCUUGGGAGUUUUAGAUUCCCCCAAAAAGACUAUCUGUGACCCAGAGGAGUUCUUGAAGUCCUCGCUGAAAAAUGGGGUAGUGCUGUGCAAACUGAUCAACAGACUCAGGCCUGGCUCUGCAGAAAAGUACUAUCUGGAGCCCCAAACUGAAGCCGACUGCAUCGCCAACAUCAGUCACUUCCUGAAGGGAAGUGCAACCCUUCAAGUGGAGGUAUUUGAUCCUGAUGACCUUUAUUCAGGGGUCAAUUUCUCUAAGGUUCUGAGUACUCUUUUAGCUGUCAACAAAGCAACCGAAGAUCAGCUAUCAGAAAGACCAUGUGGACGUUCCUCUUCUCUUAGUGCUGCUAAUAGUCCUCAGACAAACCCACAGGGAGCAGUUUCUAGCACAGCUCCUGGGCUGCAAAGGCAGUCAAAGGCAGUGGAGAUGACAGAAAAUGGAAGUCACCAGUUGAUUGUAAAGGCAAGAUUCAACUUUAAGCAGACUAAUGAAGAUGAACUUUCCGUUUGUAAAGGGGACAUCAUUUAUGUCACUAGAGUUGAAGAAGGCGGAUGGUGGGAAGGCACAUUAAAUGGGAGAACAGGCUGGUUCCCUAGCAAUUAUGUUCGAGAAAUUAAAUCCAGUGAGAGACCCAUCUCUCCCAAGGCUGUGAAAGGAUUUGAAACUACUCCACUUACUAAGAAUUAUUAUACCGUGGUGUUACAGAACAUCUUGGACACUGAAAAAGAUUAUGCUAAAGAACUCCAGUCCCUCCUUGUUACUUACCUAAGACCCCUGCAGUCCAACAACAAGUCGAUUCACGGAAGCCACAUAUGUAUUGUUUUCAGCCUGAGUACUGUGGAGUUUACAUCUUUACUGGGAAACUUCGAGGAAGUAUGCACCUUUCAACAGACACUCUGCCAAGCCUUGGAAGAAUGUUCAAAGUUUCCAGAAAACCAACACAAAGUAGGAGGUUGUCUACUGAAUCUCAUGCCUCAUUUUAAAUCCAUGUAUCUGGCUUACUGUGCAAAUCACCCUUCAGCUGUAAAUGUGCUCACCCAGCACAGUGAUGAUCUGGAACAAUUUAUGGAAAAGCAAGGUGCGUCCAGCCCAGGUAUCCUCAUUUUAACAACAAGCCUCAGCAAACCAUUCAUGCGGCUGGAAAAGUAUGUCACUCUCUUGCAAGAGUUGGAACGGCACAUGGAGGACACCCAUCCAGAUCAUCAGGAUAUUCUGAAAGCAAUCAUCGCAUUCAAAACUCUCAUGGGGCAGUGCCAAGACCUAAGAAAGAGAAAACAGCUGGAGCUGCAGAUCCUUUCAGAACCUAUUCAGGCGUGGGAAGGGGAGGAUAUUAAGACCUUGGGCAAUGUCAUUUUUAUGUCACAAGUAAUGGUGCAGUAUGGAACAUGCGAGGAAAAAGAGGAGCGGUACUUCAUGUUGUUUUCCAAUGUCUUGAUAAUGUUAUCUGCAAGUCCUCGGAUGAGUGGCUUUAUCUAUCAGGGGAAAAUACCGAUAUCAGGAAUGGCAGUGAUGAGAUUAGAUGAAAUUGAAGGGAAUGACUACACAUUUGAAAUCACAGGUAACGUAGCAGAGAGAGUCGUGGUCCACUGCACCACCAGCCAGGACUUCCAGGAAUGGCUGGAGCAGCUGUCCAGGCUGAUCAGAGGGCCUGCGUCUUCCAGUUCAUUGUCCAAAACAUCAUCGUCCUCCUGCAGUGCUCAUUCCACAUUUUCCCAGUCUUUUAGCUCUACUGGACAGCCCCGAGGACCCUUGGAGCCUCCUCAGAUUGUAAAACCGUGGAGUUUAAGUUGUCUACGUCCUGCACCUCCACUUAGACCAUCAGCAGCUCUAGGUUAUAAAGAGAGGAUGUCUUAUAUCUUAAAGGAGUCUAGUAAAAGCCCCAAAACGAUGAAGAAGUUUCUUCAUAAGAGAAAGACUGAAAGAAAGCCAUCAGAGGAGGAAUAUGUGAUUCGGAAAAGUACUGUAGCCCUGGAGGAGGAUGCUCAGAUUCUUAAAGUGAUCGAAGCCUAUUGUACCAGCGCAAAUUUUCAACAAGGCCAUGGUUCAAGUACUCGCAAAGAUUCGGUCCCACAGGUCUUACUCCCCGAGGAAGAGAAACUCAUCAUUGAAGAGACCAGAAGCAAUGGCCAGACCAUCAUUGAAGAAAAGAGCCUUGUUGAUACUGUUUACGCCUUGAAGGAUGAGGUCAAAGAACUGAAACAGGAGAAUAAAAGAAUGAAGCAGUGCCUGGAAGAAGAAUUGAAAUCAAGAAGGGACCUAGAAAAGCUGGUCCGGAGGCUGUUGAAGCAAACUGAUGAGUGUAUUCGGGCUGAGUCCAGUGGCAAGACCCCCAUUCUUCCAUAACCACCACUGUGCAGCUGGGCAGAGCAUGCCUUUGGGGCAUCUUGAAAUGCCCAACCAAACAAUUUGAGUCAGUUUGCUCCCUUCUUCGGUUUUUAUUUUUGGUCUGUGUCAGUCUCUCUCUCUCUUUCUCUCUCUCUCAAUUUGUUUGCUUGAGCAUUUGCUGUUGGUUAUUGGUUGGCUGUGUAUUUUUUUUCAACAGGGAUAAAAGCAAGAGGUGGUGGUAGAAGUCUCUCCAGAGUCUCUUCAGUUCAGCAAGAAAAGGAAAGCUAAUAUAGGCAAAGGACUUAAGUAGUCUUCAGAUGGCCUUCCAUUCACAGUGCCUCUUUAGCAGCCAUUACCGCUGGGUCACUCCUGUUGGGCUGGCUGCUACCCCAGAGGAGCUGGCCAUGGCUUUAGUGAAUGUGAACUUGACUUUUCCCCCAAUGCUUUCCUGUACUUGGAAGUCCCUAAGUACCUAAUUUACUGAAGGCAAAUUGAGCUCCGACUAGAGUAGGUGAAAGACUAAUACAUUUAGUCUUUCACCAGACCCAGUGACCCGGCUUCCCUUUCCAGCCCAAUAUGUGCUACCCCCUCAAGCAUGCUUUCUUUUUUUUUAAAUAUUGCCCUAUAUUGUCUAUAAGACCAAGAAAAAUUAGUGCCCAUAUUCCUUUUAUGUUGGUUUACAUUUUAACUCUGUGGGGCAGAAGCUCUGGUCAUCCGUGCCAACACCCAAUCCAUUAGCAAAUUGCACUGGACAGUCCUGCCCUUUAGCAGCAGAGCUGACCAUCUCUUCACAACGCAUGACAGGUUUUUCCCCUAGCCUUCUGCCUCUUGUAUAAGUUUUAUAUUUCCCCAGUGCUUUUAGCCAGCAUACCAAACACUGUGUAAAGUAGUAUGUGUGUGCUUUUCCUACUUUUUAAAAACACAGACUGUGAGCAGUCACUUUAUCUACAUUGUCUAUUCUAAUGGUGACUUCUCAUGCUUCAAAACAAUCUGCAUUGAGGAGUUACUGUGCCCUAGUAGACAGCUUUAAUUCACUUUAUUGGUCUCCUGUAUGUGCUGUGAGAAGCUGAAAUGUUCAUCCGCCUCUUUGUGUAGGACUCUAAGCAUUAUUUGCAGAAAUGUGCCGUUGGUCCACUUUGUAUAUCUGGAAAGAAAGGGCCCCUCUGAUAGCUGUGUGCUAGUUACUAGUGAAGCUGAUAAUUUGGAACUGGUUUACUCAAGUUGCUCAUUGAAGCAAACCAUUGCUUUUGUAAAUGUCUCAGAAAUUAGAACUGUGAUAAACCAAGUUUAGAAGAGGGUCAGAAAAGGACAGCACACGUCCCAAUUCUGCACAAUUGAAAGUCAGCCCAAGGUGUGAGGACAGAGCCAUGCAACCCACCCUCUCUGUCCCAAAGACAAGUGCAGCUUGGCUGGGUGGGGAAGAUCACUGGAGAGAGAGGCAAAGGGCCAAGGGGCUUAUCAGCGUUGUCUUUCAGAUACAUUUGAUGGAUGCCUACAAAUAUGGGUUUUGCAAAUGUUGGUUAGAAACCAAACUUGAAGCUUGAAACCCCCAGGUUGCUAAGCCCUUUUUUUUCUAGUACGGGGGUCUCAAGUUCCCAUAGCUAUACGGUACAGGGCUGUUGACUGCGUGUUGCACAGCAGAAAUUACAUCAUCCACAGGAAAUGGACUAUUCCUGCCAUCCACCAUCAGCCAACCACACACAGCUGGCUUUGGAAGCUGAAGAGUAAAGAUUUCUGGGAAUGGCUGUUGUUGUGUUUUUAAGCACAGCAGUUUAGAUAUGCAAUCCUUAACGUCAAAAUUAAAAACAACCCAGACGUUAACAUCUGCCCUGUCUGUGGUUAGUCAAUGGCUUGCAAUAAAUGAGCAAACUAUAUCCAUAGGAAACAUUUUUGUGAUUACAAAAUACUUACUUGAUAGGUAUAGGAUUGCUUCAAAUACUGAAAGGUCUUUAUUUUAAAGUGACAUGUACAUAUGCGUGUUUUGGGGACUUGGCCCUUCUGACGAGAAGCCCUGGGUACCCUCGGGUAAUGAUGCUUGUGCAGAGUGGUGUCCGUGGUUACCCACUAAACAAUAAUAUAAAGGAAAUGAAGCCAUGUUAGUCUGAGAGCAGGGUCUCUGUAGCUGAGCUGUUUACAAUGGGUUCCUGUUCCCUUGUAGCUAAACUGCUGCCUGAGAGGCCUCUCAGGCCCUCUUCUGUUACGCCCCUUCUUACACACGCUCAAAUUUUCUAACUUGUUUUUAUUUUGAAGACUUUUAAAAAGGACAUUUUCAAUUAAUAAAAAUAACAGUGCUUUAUAAAA